ACAGAUAAGUCAGUUAAUGGUGAUGAUCAUGGUGGAUUUUCACUUAUUGAAUACAUUUGAGCGAUAGGAUCGAACAGGGACAAAAGUCUCUGUGGAAAGGCAAAAUGAAUAAGAAAAGAUACUUUCUGGAGCCUCCAGAGGUCAAAGACUAUCUGGUGAAAGGAGAAAGAUUCACAAGGUGGUCGGAGGAUUCAACAAAAACAGCUCCUGUCACGAUGAAGAUGGAUCCAAAAGGUUUCUAUGUCUACUGGAUAAACCAGAGCAAGGAGACAACAUUCCUGGAUGUUGCUACCAUCAGAGAUACCAGAACAGGAAAAUAUGCAAAACUUCCAAAAGUCAAAAAGGUCCGCAACGUUUUCAACAUGGACUUCCCGGACAGCAACCACCUGGCCAAAGCCUUCACCAUCGUCUCGGGUCCAGACAUGGUGAACCUGACCUACCACAACUUCUUUGCCUCCAAGGAGAAGGUGACACAGAACUGGGCUAAUGACAUCCUAGCAAUAGCCUACAACGCUGCAAGAAACAACGCAUGCAGACAAGUCUUCCUGGACAAAAUAUACGUCCGCCUGUCACUCCAGACCAACAAGGACGGCAAGAUCCCCGUGAAAAACAUCUACAAGAUGUUCCCUGCGGAUAAGAAGAGGGUGGAAAGUGCCUUAGCAGCGGCACAUCUCCCCAAAGGAAAGUACGACAGCAUCAAGGCCGACGUGUUCACCGAGGCUGCCUUCAAAUUAUUCCUGACAAACCUGUGUCCUCGACCGGAGAUCUUGGAGAUCUUCACAUCUUACUCCAACAAACCCACCAUGACAAAGGAGAAUUUCACCAAGUUCCUCAACGAGAAGCAGCGAGACUCCCGCCUCAACGAGGAGCUGUUCCCCCGCCUGCGGCAGGACCAGAUCAAGGCUCUGAUGGAGAAGUACGAACCCUGCUCCAACAACUCCAACAGAGGCGUGAUUUCUCCAGAAGGCCUUUUGUUCUACCUGAUGGGUCCCGAGACGACAAUCGUCAUGCAGGACACGCUGGCAAAAUGCCAGGACAUGACUCAGCCGAUCCCCCACUACUUCGUCAAGUCCUCACACAACACGUACCUCACAGCUGGUCAGUUCUCCGGCGUGUCCUCCCCAGAGAUGUACCGUCAGUGUCUGCUGUCGGGCUGCAGGUGUCUGGAGCUGGACUGCUGGAAGGGCAAACCUCCAGAUGAAGAGCCCAUCAUCACGCACGGCUUCACGAUGACCACCGAGAUCCUCUUCAAGGAUGUGAUAGAGGCUAUUGCCGAGAGCGCCUUCAAGACUUCACAAUAUCCCAUCAUCCUUUCAUUUGAGAACCACGUCGACUCGGUGAAACAACAAGAGAAGAUGGCCAACUACUGCAAAACCAUAUUUGGUGAUGCCCUGCUAACAGAACCUCUGGAAAAAUACCCUCUGAAGCCCGGUCAGCAGAUCCCCAGCCCCUCUGAGCUCAUGGGGAAGAUCCUCAUCAAAAACAAGAAGGGCAGCCACGAGAAGCCGGCUCAGGUCAAGAAGCCCACCGCAGCAGCUGCUGAUCAGCCCACCACCGCGUCCGCAGCCAGCCAGGACCCAAACACUCCUCCCCAGGAGGAAACAGCCCCGGCGGCCGGCAGCCAGGAGGGCCAGGCGGAGGGAGACGCAGCUGCCGACGACCACGAAGAGCAGGAGGAGACGGACGAGCAGGACGAGGAGAAAAUGAAGACCUCGGACGAGGGCACAGCUGGACAAGAAGUGACGGCGUACGAGGCCAUGUCAUCCAUAGUCAACUACAUCCAGCCCAACAAAUUCAUCUCUUUUGAAAACGCUAAAAAGAAAAACAAGAGUUAUGUCAUCUCAUCUUUUGUGGAGACCAAAGGGGAGGCGAUGAUUGCCAAGACUGCUGUCGAAUUUGUUGAAUACAAUAAGCGGCAGAUGAGCAGGAUUUACCCCAAAGGAACGAGAAUGGACUCAUCCAACUACAGCCCUCAACCCUUUUGGAACGUCGGCUGCCAGAUGGUGGCGCUCAACUACCAAACCAUGGACUUCCCCAUGCAGCUGAACAUGGCUCAGUUUGAAUUCAACGGCAGGACGGGCUACCUCCUCAAGCACGACGUGAUGCGGCGCAGCGACAAGAAGUUCGACCCUUUCUGUGACAGGAUCGACACGGUGGUGGCGAGCACCCUGACCAUCAAGAUCUACUCGGGACAGUUUCUCUCGGAGAAAAGCGUGAAAACCGGGGUGGAGGUGGAGGUGAUCGGGUUGCCAGGAGACCCCAAGAAGAAAUAUCGCACCAAGUGGUCCACCACACCUAAUGCCAUCAAUCCGGUGUGGAACGAGGAGCCCUUUGUGUUUGAAAAGAUCCUGCUCCCAGAAAUGGCUUCUCUCAGAAUUGUCGUCCAUGAAGAGAACGGUAAAUUUCUGGGACACAGAAUCAUCCCCCUUCACGCCAUUCAAUCAGGCUUCCAUCACAUCUGCCUGCGCAGUGAGAGCAACAUGCCUCUCACUCUGCCCGCGCUCUUUGUGUACAUCGAGGUCAAGGACUACAUCCCUGCUGCUUUUGCAGAUUUCACGGACGCUUUAUUUAAUCCAACAAAGGGCACCGAGAAGACCACAAAGACACCCAAAGAGUCAUCCGCUGACUACGUCUCCCCCUAUGAGUUGCCUCUGGUGGUCCCGCCCCCCACCGACACCAAAGAAACUGAAGCUCCUGCUGCAGAAAAGAGCGCAUCCGAGCCUACACCACCCACUGAUGCUGCUGACCAGCCAUCAGAGGCUCCAGCAGAGGCAAACAAAGAAGAAGAAGCCAAAGAAGAGUCAGAAAAAGAGUCCGACGCUCCAGAACCUGCAGAAGAGCCUCCUCAAACUCCUGAAACUGCUCCUGCUGAAGAUGCAGAGAGUUCUCCACCUGAAGCUCCUGCAGAGGAGGCUCCUGCCCCCGAAGAGCCCCCUCCCGAACCAGAACCAAAGGAACCAGAACCAGAAGAACCGGAACCCAAAGAAGAGCCGUGUGACGAUGGUGCAAACACCGAGGCCAAAACAGAGGAGUCAACAGAAGUUACUGAACCUGCCGAAGUUUCUGAACCUGCGCCCGCAGCUGAGGAGGCCAGUCCUGAUGUGCCAGCGGUUGUGCCUGUGCCAUGUCCAGAGGAUGCAUCGCCCAAGCCUGCAGGAACAGAGCCUUCGACUGUGACUACCGAAGAACUGACACAGCACAAGAACUAUCUGAAGGUCAUCAAGCGCCAGGAGAGAGAGAUGAAAGAGACUGAAAAGAAGUAUCAGAAAAAGGGAGAGGAUUUGAUUCAGAAAUAUUCUGACUCUUUCAAGGCCAUCAAGAAGAAGCUCUCGCUGAAGAAAAAAGAGGGAGAAGGCAACGCCUCGGACUCCAGCGUGAAGGCAGAGCGAGUGCAGGAGCAGAAAGACAAAAUGCACGCGGAGCUUCAAGCGCUGUGGAUGGAGCAGUGUGACCAGAUGAAGAAGAAAAAAGAGCAGUUCGCCACAGAGAGACUGGCCAAACUGUUGGAGAUGGCCAACGAGAGACACACCAGUGAACUGAAGGCCCUGGAUAGUGAUGCGAAGGACAACAAGAAGAAAACACUGUCAAAAUGUGCAUCCACAGAAAAAUCCAAGCUGAAAAAGGCAGCCAGCAUGGAGGUGCUGGAUGAGACCAGCCAGUCUGAUGGAGCUUCUUCAGAUUACAACCCACAGCAAGAAGCCCUGGUGAAGAAACAGGCUGCAACACUGGAGGAAAUCAAAGCUCUGACUAAUCAGCUCAAUCAGGAGGCGCUGAAGGAGAACGAGCAGAAACUGAGGUCCCUGCCGGCAGAAGUGAAGAAGGCCGUGAACGUCUGCGUGGGGUCGCACUUCCCCGAGUUCGUCGACGAGGCCGGAGACAAGAAGGUUGGAGAGGUGGGCGUGUACGGAGAUGUUUUUCUGGGUUGAAUGUGUGGUUUGAUCACUGAACUAUGUCUGUUUUCUUUAGUUUUAUGAGUAUUUUUAACAUGUUAUGCAACCUUUAAAAUAGUAAAAGGUUAUUUAAUUUGUAAGGAUCACUCUCGUCCCAUAUUAGACGUGCUAUUUAGAGAAAGAUUACUCAUUAUAGGUUGAUAUUGAGGUUUUCAUGAAUGUCCUUUAGUCCAGACUUAGAUGAUUUUUUCCAAGCGCCUCUUUUUAUUUUUGAUGUUGUUCUUUAUUUUUGUUUCCAUUCACUGCUGAAAAAUACCCCCAGAAAUGAGGCCACUCGGUGACAAAUACCUUCCAGAUGAAGGCCUUCAUUUGCUACUCCCAGCCUCCUUUCUGCUCUCCUAAUAAGUUCAAAAAUAGGAACAAAUGUAGCAAGAAAACCGCAGCGACACAAAAAAAAAUGGGUUAUCAGCGUCUGCAGGCUGAAUGAGACAAUGACUCCAUUUGUCACACUCGAGUACAGCUUGAUUCUGCGCGUGUGAUAGUCUUGCGAGGCCGCAGCGAAACGUUGGCCGUCACGCUGUGAUGUAACUCCAGAGAGAGAGAUGCAGAUCUUUAGAAGCACACAGUCAUAGACAACAUGCUGCGGAGACACAGCGAUGCCAACGUUACUCAUAUAUUAUGGAAAUAGGCUUGAUGAUUGUUUUACAAUGAGGCCAGCUCUAUAUCCGGUUGUCUUUGAAGUCAGGAUUGUUAUUUUCCUCUGAAUAUCUACUAUUAAUAAACUGGCAAUUACAUCCA